AGCCAAACCCGGCGAUUCACACACAACACAACUCAAAGCAAGCAACCACAACCUCCACUCAAUUAUUUCCUCUCAUUUUCCCCUUCGAUCUCAUCUCUCAAGCAAACAAUGGAAUUCAAUUUUUCCUUCCUCUCCUUCUCCCUCCACCGGCAAAUCUUUCUAUAGCGAGUGAAUUCGUUUUCCCCUCGUUUUCCUUCAGAAAAUAACGAAAUUGCCGAGGAGAAAAGAAAAGAGGAUGAGGUUUCUAUUCGAGUUGGUUCCUUGUUGUGGCUCACCAACGCGCCGCUCGCAGGAGCCGGUGGUUCCGUCGGAGGAUGAGGAGAGGUGGCUUGUGUCGUUGCCGGCGACCGCCGCCGCCCCCUCUCGCCGUGGCGGCCGUAAGAAGCAGAGGAAGCCCGGCGCGCCGGAUUGGAGGCCGUCGUUGGGAUCGAUCUCGGAGGAUCUCACGCCGGCGCCGAAACCCGUCAACGGCGCGGUGGUAGCUGCCGGAAAAGGCUCGAAGAAGAGAAGCGCGGCUGGUGGUGGUGGCGUGAAGGUGCAUCACCCUAGUUACAGCGAUCGCUAUAGCGGGUCAUCUGCCAUGCCUACAUUCAUGCCAGCGUUCUCUCCGACGCCAUUCAUGUUCUGAACACUAGAGUUAAAUUGAUAAAAUUAAGCAAUGUAUAUAGAGGGUAUUUGAGUUAAUGAUAAAAAAAAAGUAUGUAAAGGUUUCUUGUUGCUGUUGUCAAUGAAUGUUAAAUUCUACUCUACCACUUCGUCUUCGUGUGUGUAUAUAUGAACAGAUCAAUUCAUUUUAA